GCAGCAGCGGACGGGGAGAGUAAAUAGAGAAAGCCCCAAGAUGGCGGAGUCAGUGAGCUUCAUUCACUUCGCGGCGGCGGAUAAAAGCCCGCUCCCAAAACCCAAGGAACCCAAAGCAGCAUCAGAAAGCCGACCGCAGUCUUCCCGGGACCACCACCCCCCGCCGCCCAAGAAGGUCCGGAACGAGGAGAAGAGCCUUAAACCCAAGAAAGUGAACGGAGAAGGCGGAGGAGGGGGAGGAGGAGGCGGCGCGGCGGAGAAGCAGCACCAGAAGCAGAGUUAUGGCAGCCCGACAACAUGGGGCUUCGGUCCCGUUAAGGCGAGCAACCCUGCGGCACCAGUCCAGGCACCGAUCCACAAGGUCUUUAAGCAGAGCGAUUUCCUCGCGUCCCCUUCGAAAUCCAAGAAGCCCAAGGAGAAACGAGAGAAAGAGAAGGAGAAGAAGAAACACAAGCUACCCACUGCAACUAACAGUCUGAUCAGCUCCGGGGUGAAGAAGGAAAACGGGGAGGUGAAGUUGGUGCAGAAAGACCAUAACAGUAAGGACAAGGAGAAAGAGAAGAAAAAGGAGAAAGACAAAGAUAAAGAGAAGGACAAAGAGAAGGAGAGGGAGAAGAAGAAACACAAAGUCAUGAAUGAAAUUAAGAGGGAAAAUGGAGAGGUGAAAUUGCUCCAGAAAGGGGAAAAGGAGAAGCCCAAAGUCAACCUGGAGGAGCUGCAGAUCAAAAAGGUGAAGAAGAAAAAGAAAAAGAAACACAAAGAGGAGGAGAAGCGCAAGCGGCCCAAGAUGCACAGCAAGUCGAGCCAGACGGAGCUGCUGGGCCCGGCGCCAAAGCCGCCGCCGCUCCUCCACCAGGGCGGUGCCCUCGUCAAGGAGGAGAGGGGCUGCAGCCCCCACCGCGGCGGCAGGCCCGGGGAGGGCGGAGGGUCGGCCUUCGCCCCCCUGAAGGCGGGGCGCCCCCAGCCCCACCCCCCCGGCCUGGAGGCGCUGGAGUUCCGCCGCUUCAUCCACGUGGAGCAGCAGCCCAACGGCGGGGCCCUGGUGGCCCACGCCUACAGCAAGGAGCUGGCGUGCCUGUCUCCCGCGGAAAUGCAGCGUUUCGCCCACGAGUUCGUCACGCUGGCCUUCAGCGAGGACCAGGCCUGCGCCGCCCACUACGUCAUGGGCAUCGUCCACGGGGCCGCCUCCUACCUCCCCGACUUCCUGGAGUACUUCUCCCUCAAGUUCCCCAACUCCCCCGUCAAGAUGGAGAUCCUGGGGAAGAAGGACAUCGAGACGACUACGAUGUCAAACUUCCACGCUCAGGUAAAGAGAACCUACUCACACGGGACGUAUCGAGCUGGAGCUAUGAGACAGAUCAGCCUUGUGGGGGCGGUGGACGAGGAAGUCGGAGAUUAUUUCCCAGAAUUCCUCAGCAUGUUGGAAGAGUCGCCCUUUUUAAAGCGCACCCUGCCCUGGGGCACCUUCUCCAGCCUGAAGCUGCAGAGCCCCAUGGAGAGUGACGACGGGCCCAUCAUGUGGGUGCGGCCGGGGGAGCAGAUGAUCCCCGUCGCAGACAUGCCAAAGUCUCCCUUCAAAAGGAAAAGGUCUACCAAUGAAAUCAAAAACCUGCAGUACCUACCUCGGGCCAGCGAACCGCGUGAGAUGCUGUUUGAGGACCGGACGCGGGCCCACGCCGACCACAUCGGCCAGGGGUUCGAGCGGCAGACCACGGCGGCGGUGGGCGUGCUGAAAGCGGUGCACUGCGGAGAAUGUGGGGAUCCCCCUCGAAUAACCAAAGACGUGAUCUGCUUCCACGCCGGAGACUUCGCCGAGGUGGCGCAGAGGCUGCAGCUGGACCUUCACGAGCCGCCCCUGUCCCAGUGUGUGCAGUGGGUGGACGAUGCCAAGCUGAACCAGCUGCGCCGGGAGGGCAUCCGCUACGCCCGGAUCCAGCUGUACGACAACGACAUCUACUACAUCCCCCGCAACGUGGUGCACCAAUUCAAGACAGUGUCGUCCGUCUGCAGCCUGGCCUGGCACAUCCGCUUGAAACAGUACCACCAGGAGGAGCAGGAGGAGCAGGAGGAGGAGGAGAGAGCGGAGGCCAGCGCCGGCCCGGAGGCGGUGAGCGUCAAGCAGGAGGCCGAGGAACACCCGGAAACCCCCGCCCCCGCCCCCAUCCCCGCACACACCCCCACCCCAACCCACACGGACUCCCAGCCCCCGAGGGACACUCCCCUUCCCGAAAUCAAAGCGGAACCUGCAGAGGUACCCCUGGAGAAGAGCGCCAAGCAGCCCGCCCCGCCCGCACCACCCGCCCAGGCGGAGAGCAGGCCCAGACCACAGCAGCACCCCUCAGAAUGUCGAACCGCUCCGGCCAAGCCCCCCGAGAGCCGGAGCCCCGCCCCACAGCCCCGGAGCGACAAAUCAAAGGACACGCUGUACCCAAAGGCUCCCAUCAUCCCCCAGGACACUCGGCCACGCCCCUCAAUAAAAGCCCACCUGCACGAGCAGCAGGAAGACUUUUUAUACUGAUUUGUACAUAUUGUUUCUAAAUGGCUUUUUUUGUUUGUUUUUUUGUUUUUACAAUAUUAAAGGAAAAAAAAGUGUGAUGUACUAUAUGGGUUAUGUAAGCUCUCUGGGGCGAGCUAGCCCCUUGCGCUCUACUCUGUUACUGAAUGAAUACAUAGCAAAUGUAGCUUGUAACAUUCCUCAGUGCCUGUCCGGAACUGUGAACUAUCAAAGCACUUAGGGCCCACUGCACUGUCGUACUGCAGGUUUGAAAUAAACAGGUCCUUAAAUAAUAUAUUUUUAAGUUGUAGGUUAUAGAUGUAUUAGAGCUGACAUGAACAUAUAUAUUUUUUGUAAGAUGAGACAGAAUUCUUUAAAUGAAUCCGGGCUUUUCCAUAGAGCUUAUUUAUAUCAAUUUUUUUUUGUUCCAUUUAAAAAUGUCAGCACUGUAGUGUAAAUAACUUUUUUUUUUCUAAACUUGUAGUGUGAUUUAUACUUAAGUAAGAACCUCCUAAUAAAGGUUCACAAUAUUGGAACGUUGUUGUUUAAACAAGGGCUACACUGAACGAAGGGCAUAGGGCGGGAAAGACUGAAGGAGAGGAGGGUCACCAGACCGCAGUGCGUUCUUCCAUUAUCUGAUAUAUCCCCGAAAGUUCAUGGUUACUCUGUGUAGAACCUAGACAACUAUGUUUGAAGAUAAAUGACAAAUUAAAGGCAUAGGAU